AUGAAAAAUUUUUUUGAAUUUUUAAUUUUUCUAACGUUUGUCGUUGCUUCGUUCUUUUUCGAAUCCGAUGCAACCAAAAAAAGAAUCGUUUGUUAUUAUGGAAGUUGGUCGGUUUAUCGGGAAGGAAAAGGAAAAUUCGACGUGGAAAACAUUCCAGCCGAUAAAUGUACGGAUGUCGUUUAUUCCUUUGUUGGAUUAAACAAUACUUCGUGGGAACUUGACGUUCUGGAUAAAUUCGUUGCUAACAAUCAAUUUGAAAAAUUAAAAAAUUUAAAAACAAAAAAUCCGGAUUUAAGAGUUUCCGUUGCUGUUGGAGGUUGGGGAGAAGGUGGAAAAAAAUAUUCGGAAUUGGUAUCGGUUAAAGAAAGAAGAAACGUUUUUGUUAAAAGCGUUGUAGAUUUUUUAAACAGGUACGAAUUUGACGGUUUGGAUCUCGAUUGGGAAUAUCCAGGUGCACUCGAUAGAGGUGGUAGUUUUUCCGACAAACAAAAUUUCUUUUAUUUCGUCGAAGAAUUAAGGAGAGCUUUCGAUUUGGAGGGUAAAUUUUGGAAUUUGACACUUGCCGUACCCGUUGCUAAAUUUAGACUCGAUGAAGGUUAUUACGUACCUGAAUUAUGCAAACUCGUCGAUGCCGUACAUGCCAUGACUUAUGAUCUAAGAGGAAAUUGGGCUGGUUUUGCUGACGUUCACAGUCCUCUUUUUAAAAGACCACACGAUAAAUGGGCAUUUAAAUAUUUGAAUGUUAAAGACGGUAUGCAAUUGUGGGAAGAAUCCGGUUGCCCACGUGAUAAACUCGUAGUCGGUGUACCUUUUUACGGAAGAACUUAUAAUCUUGGAUUUGGUAAUACAAAUCGAGAUCCUGGUACGUGGAUAAAUAAAGAAGCUGGCGGUGGAGAUGCUGGACCUUUCACGAAAGAAAAAGGUUCUUUGUCUUAUUAUGAAAUUUGUUUGGCACACAAAAGUGAAAAAGGUUGGACAAAAAAAUGGGAUCGUUUAGGCCUUUGCCCAUACACAUACAAAGGACACAAUUGGGUCGGUUACGAAAACGAAGAAUCCGUUGUGGCUAAAAUGAAUUGGCUCAAAUUAAAAGGAUAUUUGGGUGCCAUGGUUUGGUCUUUGGAUUUAGAUGAUUUUAACGGUGUUUGCGGAAAGGAAUAUCCGCUUUUGAAUGCCGUACACAGAAGCCUUGAAAAUUACACAGUACCUGAUUCUAAUUUAACGACUCCUGACCGUCCGGAUUGGCAAAAACCAGUGACGACAACCUCGGGUUACGAUUCGACAACAUUAUCGACAUCGAAUCCAUCCGUAACGGAUUUACCAACGACCGUACAAACGGAUUACCCAGGAGAAACAGAACUUCCAACAACAACCGAAUGGUAUCCGACGGAACCAGAACCGACAACCGAACCUGAGGAUGUACCACCGGAAAGUGCCGUCGAAGAUUGUAGAAACGGUGGUGAUUUUACUCCACAUCCCGAUUGCGACAAGUUUUACAUGUGUGACCAUUACAAACCUGUAAAGUUCGAUUGUCCCGAAGGUACGGUUUGGGUUCAAAGUUUUAAAACAUGUGAUUUUCCCUAUAAUGCGGAUCGUUUAGAAUGUUGGGAUUAUCCACCAACACCGAAUUAA